ACUCCUCUUCCUCCUCCUCCUCCACCACCACACACACACACGCGCGCGCGCGCGCACGCCAACCCUUCCGUGGCUGGGCUGGACCAGAGUGAUAGAGAAAGAUAUAUCUCUAUGGCUCUGGGCUGGACGGAAUGCUUGUCGAGGCGGUAUAAUCUAAAACCAAACCGGGAAACUAUGGAGCAGACGGUGUGUUGUCGGAGAUGCGAAAGUGCAUGAAAAAGACAGUUGGCCUCCGCGGCGGGAUGAAGUAUGAUAGGCGAUAAACGCUCAGAGCAACACGGAGAGAGAAAUCUGAGUCAACAUAAUCCAUCAGGACAUCGUGGAGGGGGGAGAUGAGGACCAUGAUGGCUUCGAUGAAAACAGCAUUGCUAGUAUUUCUACACUGGGUGCUCCAGUACGCUGUGUGUCGCGAUGUAUUUGUUCCUGCUGGGACCCUCUACCGCGUCGCAGGGUUCCCCCUCUCCCUGCCCUGCGCUGUAUCAGGGUACGAAGGCCCACGUACGCAGGACUUUGAGUGGUUCCUGUACAGGGAUGAUGCUGCUGGGAGGCAGAUGGGAGUGGUGUCCACCAGGGACAAGGGCUUCCCUUACGCCCCUUUCCAGGCCCGGGUGAGGAGUGGGGAGGUGAGGGUGGAGAGGGACUCAGGGGAUAAAGUCCGGCUAGUGAUCCAGAGGCUCCGGGCUGAAGACCAGGGGAAGUACGAGUGCUACACACCCAGCACAGACAGCACCUACCAGGGAAACUACAGCGCCACAGUGCCUGUCAAAGUGAUCCCUGACACACUCCAGAUUAGCUAUUCCCGCGUACUUGCAGGCCAGCCUGUGCCAGAGGGGGUUGAAUUAAAGCUGACAUGCUCAGCCGGCAUCCAAUCGGAGCAGCUCACCCAUCUGUCAAUCAUGUUUGGGAAGCGUAGUGAUGGAGAGGGUUUGGGAAGUGGAGCAGGAGGGGUGGUCAGCACCGUUAGAGAGAUUAUCUCCAUUGAUAAGCUGCUGGGGGUCGUCCCCGGACAUUUGUACAAGAAGCGGUACAAUGAUGAAGAGAUCACAUUGGAGAAGAGGAACGGGGAGGCUGGACAGGAUGUGUACGUGAUGAAGAUGAGAGCGGUGCAGCCGGACGACACCGGCUCGUAUUUCUGUGAGGCCACGCAGUGGAUUCUGGACCCUGAUCGAUCGUGGCAGAAGAUAGCACAGAGGACACUGGAUAUUGGCAACUUGACCGUUCAGCAACUAGCGGAGUCUCUGAGUAUAACAUCCUCACCCAGAGGGGAGGUGACCCUGCAAGUUGGUUCCCCUCUUAUGCUGACCUGUGAGGUGUUGGGGCUGCCGUCUGAAGUAAACUCGGGCCUGCUGGUUCAGUGGAUGAAGAGGGGAUCAGUAAGCAGCGAUGUAACUGGGACCGGGGGAGUUGAGGUGGAGGUGGCCCGGAUGAGCCCAGACGGUGUUGUGAGCUGGGGGGACGACCUCAGCCGAGGUAGCGGGGGCUCUCUGGAGAAAGUGGCUGAGGGGAAGUACUCUCUGAAGCUGUUCUCAGCCAGGCCCUUAGACUCAGGGGUGUAUCGGUGUGUGGUCAGUGUGUACGCUGGAACAGGAAACCCUGGCCCCGCUACUCCUGCAACACUCACCCAGAGGUCUGAGGGAGUCACCGUGAACCUCAAGAGCAAAGAUGUGCUAGUUGCAGCUGUGGCUCAGCUCCCUCGAGGCCCCCUGUUAAAAAGAGGCAGCACCAUCACCCUGAUCUGCAACGCCACCGUGACAACCACAGGUCCCGCCCAGGCACAGGUGCAGUGGCUGCGGUGGCCAAUCCCUGAACGAGUUAUCAAGAAGGAACAGAGCCCAGCAUCUGAUGUUACUCUCCCAGACCCCCCUGUGGAAGAAAAACCCAGGCUGGUAGCCAGCCUCAGGUACGAUGGUGUUGCAGAAAUCUACACCAAUGGUAGCGAGGUCAGUGUCGACCGCCUGUCAGCUAUCAGCUACAGACUGAGGGUCCACGCAGCAACAAUGGAUGAUCAGGGCAUGUAUGCGUGUCAUGCCCAGGCGUGGGGUCAGGACCCACAUGGACUCUGGUACGACACGGGGGCCAAAGCAGAGUCAAAUCCAGUGACUGUGUACCUGUAUGCUAGAGCUGCUGACCUCCUCCUCAUCCCUUUGGUUAUUGGAGUCUCCUCUGCCUUGUUUGUGGGCAUCUUCAUCAUAGCGACAGUAACUUGUUGCUUCAUGAAGCGACUGGCAAGGCAGCGCACCCCAAAAUAGGUGUCCACUGUCACCGCCUGUCUGAAGUCUGAAUGUUCCGCAAAGAGGUGAUGCACAGAACACAAUGGAUGGAAAUGCAAAGAAAUAACUUCUCAACAAAAAUGAAGUGAAAAAUGACUGUCAACCUGUUACCUAUUUUUCUGUGUUUUGACCUACCUGUUUAACAAUCAAUGCCAAAAGAUUCUGUUUUAUAUUCUCUCAUAUUUUUAUAUCUGAACCUUCUCUGAAAACACACACACGUUAGUGAUUGCUGCAUCACGCACCAGUAGGCAUAAUAAUCUAGAUUUUUUUAAUCUCCCAUCCAAUGAACCCUAGUGGUCAAAGACUUACACAUUUUUGGGUCUGUUUCCACCUUAACAGUAAAAGCUUAACCCACCUUUGUCCCAGCCUGUCAUUCUGUUUCAAAUGGAAAAGGGUAAAGAUACACAAGAUUCGCAAGAUUUUUGUGAUGAGGUCAAAAGUAAAGGAGGUACUGCAGGUUUGUUUUGAGUCUCUCAGAUGUGAGGAAUCCUGUUGAUACCAUAAAAGUAUUGUUUCUAUAGAAAAGAAAAGAAAACUGCCCCCUCAGAAGUCAUAGUAUGAUUGUUAAACUAUCAAAGUACCAAAUGGUUUCAUAGGCUGUCAGAUGUUUUGUAUAAUACUGGUAAUGCAGACCAUCCUACAGUACAUAGAGUAAUGGUUCUAUCUUCACACAAACAAUAUUCUGUGGUUUUAAAAAUCGUUAAUAUUGUUCCAGUUGUUUCUUCCCUCAAACUGCAUGUUUUUCUUUUAUUACAUGUUUAAAUGUCUGUGCAUGGUUAAGCCUCUAGCACUACCACCACUGACAGUCACAUGAAUGCUGAUGGCAGCAGUUCAGCCUCCAGAAAUGUAAUAUGAGUAGGGACCUUCCACCACUCUGCAUGUUAACAAAGCCGCUGGCUCGGGGCUUUCUGAUGCCAAGACCAAUUGAGUACCAAUUCUAAACAAAUGCAUUCCUUGCCUGGGAUGCCUCACGCUGAAGUGAGAUUUCUAUACGGACUUUAGAUUUGACAAAGAGAAAUGGAAGAGAUAUCCAUUAUGCACUGAGCUAAAAUGUAAAUAUUGUAUGGAGUUUAGCUGUUUUAUUUUUCUUAAUGUGAGCAAGACUAUGCUGUCUUUGGCAAAGCACCUUUUGUUUAACAUUCUGCAGCAGUCUGUUCUCCUCUUUUGAAGCACUUGGACAGAAAUGGGACUGGGACCAAAGCCCCUCGGCAUCCUUCUUUGACUUGAUUUUAUUCCAGCUUAAAAGUCACUUCUUUGCUGUACUUGAGUGAAUACUUUUGUGUGUGUUUUUUCUCUUUUGUGCGAUUUAUGGUUUCUUUGCUCUUGUGACUGAGACAGAAAAACAAUACUGUGAAAAAGAAUCCCCUGUUUGUUACACUAAGUAACAGAAAAACUGUUAUUGUUCACACUGUUUGGGUUACUUAUCCCCAAGGUGAAAAUCUCCUAAGCAGCGCAUAUGACCUGAUCGUUUAGUCAAGUCUCACUAUCAUAGUCAUGUGGUUCAAGCCACAUAUUUCUGCAGCCAAGACUUAUUAUGACUAUAGCCCCUGCUGCUAGCCCACAGAAAUCUGUUGGACAGAUUUACUGUGUCUACUCUCUGAUGAGUGAAAUCCAUCCUCCUUUUCCUGUCCAAAGUAACACUUAAAAAAAGUUUGGUCAUGUGAGCGUGCCCACAUUGUGUGAUCCCUUAAAGUUAGAUACAUGUUCGUGGAAAGGAGAAAGAAAGUAACAUUUGUUGUAUUCAGCUUUUGGCUCUAACGUGCAAUUAUUCCAGGUCAUUUUUUCUGCUAUGCUGUACUUACUUACAUAUGGUAUCAGUCUGUCUUUGCUGUCUGUCUCUGUGUCCUGGUGGGUUUUCGAUUUGAGAGUCCCUCUAAAUCUGCCUGUCCUCCCCAAACCUGUGCGCUCUAACCCCCGAUUAUAAAUGUUCACGAACAUUAGGGAAUAAAAUCACAACUCUGCUUGCUUCCUGAGCCACUUUGUUCCAGAUCAACUACUCAAAGCUGAUUUGUUCCCCCACAUACCCACCAACCACAUGAUUACACAUUUGCACACAGAUGCAUGUGCACACACAGCACAGGCACAGCAGUAGCAGCAGCACAGUGCUGGCUGGCUGGUAUUUCAGAUGAAAGUAAGUAGGUAUCUGCGUGUUCAUCUCUAAUCCCUGUUUAUGGCUGCAGUCUCUGCCCUUCCCCCUCUCUCAUUUUCUAACUGAGUAAGUGUGGCUUGCAUUCGAUUCUUUUCAAUUUCUGUUUCCUGAAAAAUUCAGCCAGCUGUUGAAAAAUGUAAAAGCUGCUGUCUAAGUAGUGCUUAUGUUUGAGGAUAUAUUAAACCCUUUCAUGAAGGUGUUAUGUUUUGUUUGGACUGUUUACUCAUGCUUUAGUACCACUGUUACUGAAUACAUCUUGCUGCCAUCGAAAUAUAAAGAGGCGGUCUAAUGCUCAUCGUUUCUUAUGGUGCUUCGGCGAACCUGCCAGUUAAUAAACCACUCUGGAUUAAUAAUGUCA